AUGGAUUUUUCAAAUCGUCUUAYUGAAAAAGACCUUGCAUUCCCUCUCUUCGUGUUAUCGACACUCGUUKUCCUCCUUUUGAUCGUCAAACGAGCCAAAUCGUUACUUUCUGAUCGCAUAAAAAACCUCCCACCAAGCCCGCCACAGUUACCCAUCAUCGGUAACUUGCAUCAAGUGGGCAAAAACCCACAUGUCUCCAUAGCCAACUUCGCCCAAGAGUAYGGCCCGCUCAUAUCUCUYCGCUUGGGUAAGCAAAUUCUCGUGGUGGCCUCAUCACCAGAGGCCGCCAGGGGAAUUCUCAAGACUCAAGACCGACUUCUUUCUUCUCGUUCGGUGCCUACUGCAUUUCAACACCCRUCUAUGUUACCACACUCCCUACUUUGGUCAGAGUGCAACCACUCUUGGAAAACCCUAAGAACCUUAUGUCGCACCGAACUUUUUUCGGCGAAAGCGAUGGAGGAGCACUCGAAGUUACGAGAGGAUAAGUUAGAUCGGUUGACGGAUUUCUUGCACCGAAACCAAGGACGAGUGAUUAACACCGAGACAAUAGUGUUUACUACAUUGUUAAACACAUUGAGUUGCAUCGUGCUGGGUAAAGAUUUGCUUGAUCUGAACGUCGAACAUGAAGAUGAACAUGGGAUUGGUGGCAAGUUGAAAGAAUCGCUUCUUAAGAUAAACGAGUACGGUGGCCAUGUACGAGAUUUCGGUUCGUUCUUUCCCAUGUUUCAAAGCUUUGAUCUUCAAGGAAUAAAGCGGGGAAGCAUGAACCAUAUGCAGAAGGUGUUUGCUUCUUGGGAGGAUAUAAUAACAGAAAGAAGACAUGUUCUUAAUUCAGGGACGACUUUGCAUUACGAGCAGACCAAAUCUUUUGUGGAUCAUUUGCUUGAAAAUGGAUUUUCAGACAGCCAGAUCAAUCAGCUGGUUACGGAAUUAUUCAUAGCAGGAACGAACACUACCACCACGGCUAUCGUAUGGACCAUGACCGAGCUCGUUAGAAACAAAGAGGUCAUGUUGAGGUUAAACGAAGAGAUGGAAAAAGCAAUCGGUUUUGAGAAAAUCACCGAAUCCCAGCUAUUGAAAUUACCGUAUCUACAGGCUUGUGUUAAGGAAGCUCUAAGAUUACACCCACCUGUUCCUUUUCUUCUUCCUCAUAUGGCUGCAGAAACUUGUGACGUUAUGAAUUACACGAUCCCGAAAAAUGCACGAGUAUUUGUCAACGUUUGGGCGAUUGGCCGAGACCGUAAUGUUUGGGAAGACCCGUUAUCUUUUAGACCAGAGAGAUUUCUCGAAUCGAAGGUUGAUCUAAAAGGGCAUGAUUUCGAGUUAUUACCGUUUGGUUCGGGACGAAGAAGUUGUCCGGGAUUACCAUCGGGCGUCAAGAGUCUUGAGUUUUUGAUAGCUUCAUUGAUUCAUGAGUUUGAUUUAGUUCUUCCAAACGACGAAGAUCCUACGAAGAUCGACAUGAAUGAGAAAUUUGGGUUGACCUUGAAAAAGGAGAAACCACUAAACCUCAUCUUCAAGAGUAAAUGA